AUGUUCCUCAGGGUUCUGCAGCCCCCCGGCGGCUCCUCUAGCGGCAUCUUCGGUGGCCCAGCUGGUGACGCCCAGACUGCCCCUUCCCAGAAGCCCACCAGCGCGCGGUCAGCCUCGAACAUCUUUGGGCCCGCGGAGACGGAGUCCCCGUCCAGGAGAGUCAACACCCGCAUGCAGUCGGACAUCUUUGGCACCACGGGCGGCACGGCGCCAUCCCAGCAGCCCGGCAGGGCCGACAGGAUGAAGUCCGACAUUUUUGGCGGGGAGGCGGCAGCGCAGGAGCCGGCGAGGCAGCGCAAGGAUCGCAUGAGCAGCGACAUCUUCAAGGAGCCCAGCCCUUCUGAUCAGGUGAUGCCCAGGAAACUAAAAGGUAAGGAGGAGGAUGUCUCCACAGACCCCCAGGCUUUCCCUGCCGCUGGUGAUGUGGACAAGUAUGACGGAGGUAAGGCUGACCUUGACAGGGCACCGGGAGGAGAGAGUCAAGGUCGUGUCGCCGAAGCCCAGGCAGGCAGCGGAGACGCCUGCGACGAGGUUUCCUAUUACGAUACUAACCACGUCACAGCUGUCACACACAGUGCACCUGCACCCAUGUCUACUACCACAGGUGGGGAGAAUAUCUUUGAUGUGAGGUACGGGUACACGCCGCAGAAGCCGGGCCGGCGCCUGGCGCAGGGCACGCAGCCUGACAUGGCGGCCACCUUCCUCAACCUGUUUGGCACCUCCCACCCCGACGGGCCGGGAACCCACCCCCCUCCCACAGGUCAGCCACCGGCAUCCACCAGCAUGCCUGCUGAGGCCCUCAGCUACAAACCUGCACCUGCCGAGCCAGCUGGUCACCGGCGUGCGGCUGCUGGAGUGGUGUCAGGUGCACGGGAUCCCAGAGGUCCAUCUGCCGUCUUCCCCGAGGAACAAACUGCCUCCUCAAACUGGAGACCCAGCGCCAAAUACAGGCUCCGGUAUCAGGCUGCUCUUGUCAACCCCAUCACUGGUGAAACCUACGCCUCGCCUGACUUCGACCCUCCCCACACCACCAACGGGACGGCUAACGGCUGCGGUGAAGAUGAGAACCCCCUGGACGGGGAGACCCCCGCGGAGAGGCCCAGCACCAAGGUGAUGCAGCCGCCUGGAGGGGGCUCCCAGAUAACACUGGGGUGAAUCGCCCCCAACACACACACACAUGGAGACAUAGGCUUGGCAUGGAAUCUCUGUUGUAACCACUCC